GACCGCCGGCUGCUGCUUCUUCAGGCCUUGCCGACGGCGAGCGUCUCCCCACGUCUCCGGUCGCAUCUGACUGAACUCCCUCUUCUCUGACUUCAAUCGGCAAUCAACUCUUUUCUUUUGCGGUUCAGGAAGAAACCUAUGACAGCUGCCACAUUUUCUACCUGUAUUAGUUGUUGCUUGUAUAAAGCUUGAUCACAUCAUGGGAUCCAUAAAGGAAUGUCCUUGUGGCUGUAAUGGGGUCUGUUCGUGAGGUCACUCUUUGCAUUGUCGAUGUUACUUGGGACUAAACUCAAACACCUUUCCUGCAUCCCCAUCAUCCGCACCUUCUCACACUUCUCCACUCCCCACCACCGUCAGCGCCAUCAACCACCACCUCCCCAACAAGACCCGUACACUCUUUUAAAAGAGGACCCAAUUCAAGUCCUAUCUGAUUUGUGGGUCCGAACCUUCUCAAACCAAAACCGAACCCACUUCUCCAACCUCACCGGUUUCCUCUCCAAACUUGACCUAUGGCUCUUAGCCUACCAACGCACCUGCGCCCAUUUCACCGGAUCUUUCCCAUCGCGCAACGCCAUCCAAUCCCACGUCCUCACUGACCUCCUCUCUCUCCGCAACGCCGUUGUGCAGGGUCAGUUUCAGUGGAACAUGAAAACCCAUCCUUACAUUCAAAACCCUAAUGAUAAAACCCCCUUUUCGAAGCUUUCGAAUCGCAAACUUCGUACGAUUUCAAACUCUGAUGACUCUCCAUUUCAAGAUUCCGUGGUUCAAGAAGUGCUUUUAAUGAUUCUGGAGCCAGUUUUUGAGCCUAGCUUUUCGUCCAAAUCACACGCCUUUCGCCCCCAGAGGAACGCCCAUACAGUAAUUCGAACAAUCAGGAGCAAUUUUGCUGGAUAUGUAUGGCUCUUAAGAGGUGAUCUAACCAUACUUUUUGACAACUUCGAUGUCGAUUUGAUGAUGGGAUUUGUUGAGAAAGGUGCGAAGGAUCAGAAAGUAUUGAAUUUAAUCAAAUCAGGACUAAAAGGGUUACCGAAAUCGGUUCAACCUUCCAAUGAUCAGAAAUUCUGGAGGAAGAAAACGAAGAAUCUAAAGAGAAAAAAGAUUCUUGAUGAGGAUGAAGCGAAACCCGACCCUUAUUGGCUAAGAACCUUCUACGAUUUUGCACCUGAGGAAGCUGCUAAGGUACCGAAUUAUGGUUAUUGUGGAAUAUUAAGUCCUUUACUUGCUAAUAUUUGUCUUAACGAAUUAGACCACAUGAUGGAGGAGAAAAUCCUUGGCUUUUUUCGGUUAUCCGAUGAUAAUUCAUUAAUGAAUAAUCCAUCAUGGCCUGAGUUUGUUCGUGGGGGUGGGAAAGAUAAGACUAAAAAGAUGGAUUAUAUUCGAUACGGGGGUCAUUUCUUGAUCGGGAUUAGAGGUCCAAGAUCGGAUGCAGUGGAAAUUAGGAACGACAUAAUCGAGUUUUGUGCAAGCAAAUACGGGUUAAAAUUAGAUGAAUCGAAGGUGGAGAUCGAACAUGUAACUAGAGGGGUUCAGUUCUUGGAUCAUGUAAUUAGUCAGAGAGUAAUUUAUCCAAAUAUUCGUUUCGCAUCGAACGGUGGUCAUAUUGUGACUCAAAAAAGUGUCGGUGUUUUACUUUCAGUUACCGCUAGCUUACAGCAGUGCAUACGACAGUUUCGACGGCUAAAAUUUGUUAAGGGUGAUAAAGAUCCCGAGCCAUUACCAUGUUCUCCAAUGCUUUAUUGUGGUCAAGCUCAAACCAAUUCACAGAUGAAUAAGUUUCUUGAAACAAUGGCUGAUUGGUAUCAGUUUGCAGAUAACCGGAAAAAGGUUGUUGGUUUCUGUGCGUACGUGAUUCGAAGCUCCGUGGCUAAAUUAUACGCUGCUCGAUAUAAAAUGAAAUCACGAGCGAAGGUGUUCAAGAAAGCAUCACGCGAUCUCAGCCGUCCACUUAGGCAGAGUAUGGAUAAUCGGACUCCAGAGUAUGCAGAACUAUUAAGGUUAGGACUUGCUGAUGCUAUUGAAGGAAUUAGAUUCUCUCAUAUGUCUAUGAUUCCUUCGUGCGAUUAUACCCCGUUUCCGAGGAACUGGAUUCCGGAUCACGAGCGGGUAUUGCUUGAUUAUAUCAAAUUACAAGAUCUAAAAUUCUUUAGUCAGCUACAAAGAUCAGUGAAAGAACAAAGCCUGAGUUUGCCUCAAGACAUGCUAGGUGAGAUUGUAUGGGACUACAAAACUCUUGGAGCACGAAAUCGAGGUUUUAGAAAAGGGACAAAACCAAACGAACCCAGUACAUCCUACCUAAAGGUGGGAUCUAGAGAGUAGGAUGUACGCAGAUCUGACCUCUAUUCUAAAGAAUAGAACGGUUUCCUUGAAGACCCAUGAUUGUGAAAGAUGUGUGAAGAAAGGGACAAGACCAAACGAUCCCAGUAUAUCUUACCUAAAGGUGGGAUAUGUAGAGUAAGGUGUACGAAGAUUUGGCCUCUAUCCCAAAAAAAUAAAACAAUUAUUUCCUUGAAGACUCCAGGAUUGUGAAAGAUGUGUGAAAAAAGGGACAAAACCAAACGGACCAGCAUGUAUUACUUGUAGGUGGAUAUGUAGGGUAAAAUGUACGCAGAUCUGACCUUUGUCUCUAAGAAUAGAGCGGUUGUUUCUGUGAAGACCCCUGGAUUGUGAAAAAUGUGUGAAGAAAGGGAAACAAGAGUUUUCAAAAGUUACAAGCAUGUGGUAUUUUCAUAAGUCCCUUUUCUUCUAACCUUGUGUAUAUGCUACAAUUCUAAAGGAUUCUUAUGUGCAUUCAAAUUCAUGUGUGAAUAAUUGUUGUUGUAUAUGUAUUGGAUUAUAUGUUCAU